GAGGGUGGUAAAGGUGAACCUGGGGGCUGGAGGCUGUCCCAGAACCUGGGAGACCGUGGGGGAGGGGGGACUGUGGACCCAGGGGCGCCCAUCCACUCUGCUCUGGGCUCAGAGCCACCAUGCAGGAGGCAACAGCGAAGGCGGGGGCAGCCGUGGAGCUCAGUGGACUGCCCCCCGACGUCAGCGACGAGUUCCUCACCCUCUACUUUGAGAAUCAUCGACGCUCUGCCGGGGGCCCCGUGCUGAGUUGGCAGAGACUGGGCCACGGGGGCGUGCUCACCUUCCGGGAGCCUGCAGUCGCCGCAAGGGUCUUGGCUCAGGAAGAGCAUACACUGCAAGGCGCCCGGCUCAGCCUGCGGCCCUCACCCCCACUCGCCACGGACCGCCUGCUGCUCCAGGGUCUGCCCCCCGGCACUGCACCCCCUAACUUGGAACGCCACGUCCAGCUCCUGCUGCGUGCUGCAGGACUUCCUGAGAUGCCCUGCCAGGCCUUGGACAGCCCCCGGCCCGACCGGGCCCUGGUCCAGCUGCAGCAGCCCCUCUCCCAGGCAGAAGUCUGUGCCCUGAAGGAGCAAGCUGGAGUCUUGAGCCUGAAGGAGGGCGUCCCUGUGUCCCUGGCCCAGAUUCCCCAGACCCGGGCAGUGCGUGUGCUGGGGGGCUCCGCUGCAGUGGAGCCUCUGCUGCUGGAGCUGUACAUGGAGAAUGAGCGCCGCAGUGGUGGGGGUGCCCUGGAGGGCUGGCACAGCCUGCCAGGACACCUGGGCACUGUGGUCUCCUUCCAGCAGUGGCAGGUGGCUGAGCGGGUUCUGCAGAGGGAGCACUGCCUGCAGGGUGUGGAGCUCAGCCUGGUUCCCCACUAUGAUGUCCUGGAACCCGAGGAGCUGGCCAAGCUCACCAGUGAAGGGGAUCACCUGGUUGAGCCAGAAUCUAGGGUCACUGACCAUAUGCCCCCAGGGAAACCAAUAGAUGAUUCGAGGACUGAGACGGUAAACUCCAGUGUGUCUGUGGGGCAGUGUGAUGGGCCUACAGUAUCUCUGGGGCAGGCCGUGUCAACACAGACUCCAAAGCAGGUGAGGCCACUGAGCCCGGGGCCUAUGGGGUCUCCAGGCCCAGUGGGUUCAGUGGAGGCCAGCCUGGAGCCACCAGGACAGGAAGGCCUGGUGGAAAGGAUGCUGUGCAUGGAGCCAGGUGCCAUGCGCUUCAUGCAGCUAUUUCAUGGGGACUUCCUGGCCAGCCUGAGCGACGUGGCUGUCUUCCCAAUAGGAGGACCAGAGACAACAGGCUUUCGGCUCUAUGGAGCCCCAACCCCUUGCCAGGCGGCUGAGGAGUUCCUGCAGAGUCUGCUGGGCAGUAUCAGCUGCCAUGUGCUGCGCCUCCAGCACCCAGGCAGCGCUCGCUUCCUGCUGGGCCCGGAAGGGCAGCGCCUCCUGGAGAAGCUUGAGUCUCAGUUCCAGUGCGUGUUUGGGACGGAACGUUUGGCCAGGCUGGCACUGGAUACAGAGGCCAUAAAAGUGGACCCCAUGGAGGUCCUUCCGGAGCAUCCUGCCAGCAUGGACAAGAAGCAGCAGACCAUGAACCUGGAGGAGGUCCAAGAACUGCUGGCCAGCCUGGAGGGCCUGGAAAGGGAGGACUGGCAACCCCUGGAGCCAAGGGAGGAGGACCUUGAGGGGCAACCUGAGGAAGAGGACUCUGCAGGAUCUUUGGAGUCCUUGGCCCCCGGCACCAGGGUGUUUGGGCAGCUGGAGGAAGAGGCUGCACUACAGCUGGCCCUCCAUCGCUCCCUAGAGCCAUCGGUCUGGGCUGCAGAGCAGGAGGAGGCUGCUGCGCUGCAGCAAGCCCUGGCCCGUUCCCUGCUGGAGCCUUCCCUGAUGGAGAUGGACCAGGCUGAGGGUGCAUCAGCAGCCGAGGCCCAGCUGCUGGUGCACAUGGCCUUCGAGCAGGAUGUGGAAGAGUUGGACCGGGUGCUGGGCGCCGCCUUGGGGGAGCACCUCCUGGAGGAGACAGUGGAGCUCAGGGGCUGCCUACUGCCCUCAGAAUUGUGCACCCGCCUACAGCAAUGCCAUGGUGUGAGCCUGGCCCUGCAAGGUGACUCUGCUGUUCUCAGGGGCUUUGGAGCCCAACCCGCCCGGGCGGCCAGGCACUUGGCCACACUACUGGCUGCACCCCAGGGCCAGGACUGGGUGUCUUCCCUGGUCCCAGUCCCCAUGGGUGAGCCUGCAGCCCAGGAUGGAGGAGGAGGGGCACAGUGGAACUCUGGGCUGGCGCAGAGACUGAAGGACCCAGCGGGCAAGUUGGAGUGCCUAGCAGAGAGCAGCAGUGAGUUCCAGGAAGUGGUGCGUGCCUUCUGCCAUACUCUGGAUGCUGCCUACAGCAGGAUCCGAGUGGUCAAGGUGGAGCGCGUGUGGCACCCGUUGCUGCAGCACCAGUAUGAGCUGCAUCGCGAACAGCUGGAGCAGCGCUGUGAGCGGCGGCCGGUGGAGCGCGUCCUGUACCACGGCACCUCUAGGCCUGCGGUGCAGGACAUCUGCUUGCACGGCUUCAACCGCAGCUUCUGCGGCCGCAACGGCACCUUGUAUGGGCAGGGUGUGUACUUCGCCCUACGCGCUUCCCUGUCGGUGCAGGACCGCUACUCGCCCCCGGACGCCCACGGCCACAAGGCGGUGUUCGUGGCGCGGGUGCUGACCGGCGACUACGCGCAGGGCCACCGCGGGCUGCGUGCGCCUCCUGUGCGCGCCUCUGGCGACUCGCCGCUGCGCUACGACAGCGCGGUGGACUGCCUGCGCCAGCCCAGCAUCUUUAUCAUCUUCCACGACACCCAGGCGCUGCCCACCCACCUCAUCACCUGCGAGCGCCUGGCCUCGCCAACCGAAGCCAAUGCCUCGUAGCGCUUGGGCCAAGCCUCCGGACACCUGACCCUGGAGUCCCCAAGUCCUCCUAUAUCGUGGCGCAUGUCUACCGCCCCCUGGUGUUGCCCUGCCUCCUGCUACAAUGAGGGGACAGGCGGUGCAGACUCGGGGUACGGAACGGAAGUGUCCCCUCUUGGGCCGGCCCCAUUAGCAGGGGUCAGCAGAGCCCAGGAGGAGGAGGACACCCACCCCCACCCCUGCCUCAGACUCAGCCGUUUAAAUAAACUUGCUUGCUGAA